AUGCCGAAGCCGCUCGCCAUCUACGCGUUCACCCAGGACGCCGCGCUGCGGCGACGGAUCGUGGACGAGACGUUGUCCGGGAGCGUCACCUUUAACGACGCGGUAGUGCAGUACGCGAUCGACGGGCUCCCGUUCGGCGGCGUCGGGCAGAGCGGGUUCGGGCAGUACCAUGAGAAGUACUCGUUCGAGAUGUUCAGCCACAAGAAGGCGGUCAUGAAGCGGGGCUACCUCGUGGAGCUGACACUGAGGUACCCGCCGUGGGACGAGAGCAAGGUCACCCUGAUGCGCUACCUCUACCGCUUCAACUACUUCGCCUUCGUCCUCUCCUUCCUCGGGCUCAGGAGAUGA